ACGGGAACUGGUUGUAAAGCAAAUGCCAAACAAAAGCCAAAUAAAAAUAUUUACAUUUGCUGCGUAGCUUCCACUGAAUGAAAUUGAAGACUUUUGUUUGAAGAUCCUUGACCGUAAAUAUGUCUGAAUUUAGUUUUGCCUCCGAGAAAGUCCUUAAUAUUUGCGACUUGAACGAUUACGUUUUAGAUUAUAUUUUUCAAUUUCUGUUCCUGGAAGACUUGGAUUGUUUGGUUCAGGUUUGCAAAAGAUUCUUUCAUGUUGUGAAUGUUCACACAUAUGCUAAGAAAAGUGCCCACCUUCUGCUUACUGGACAUCGGUGGAAAUUCACAGGCGGAAGAGAUGUUUCAAAUUCCGACUAUCGGAAACGAAUUCGGCUAUUUGAAAACUGGCGCUAUGGGAAGUAUCGCGAGUCACAGCUAUUCUACCAUCAGCAAGUUUACUUUUCUAUGAUACUGCUGGACGAGUCCAUGUUAUACAUGACCCACCGUGGUGUUAUGAGGGCCCAUCCGCGGACAAAACGUGACAACGUAGUACAGCGCAAAGCAACCUGGACGCUUGGACGCAACCGAGAUCCCGAUAUUAACUGGGUCGUUAAGAAAGGGCACACGUUUUUCGGUGGACUUGUUGAUGGGACCUGUUUCACCUACAAUGACCAGAAACCAAGCUACAAUAGGCAAUUCCUAAUGGAAGACAUCAUUACGGCGGUUGAUUUCGAAGAUGAUUUGUUUGUGUGCACGACUAAAAGCAGGUCCACAACCUUUUGGAAUAGGUACGAGGAGAUGGGACAGAAUGUGUUGAAACGGAAGCGUAAAUUAGACGAUGCCUAUCAGACUAUCAGCUUGAGCCCUGGAGGUGCCACACACUUAGCGGCGGGGAAAUAUCAUGAUCGUGAGAAGAAUGCACUAAAGUUGAUAGAUGUUGAAACAGGAGAAACGGAAACGUUAAACUCACCAACUCGUGCUGUCUAUCACGUUCUAUGGAAAGAUAAUAAUACACUUCUAACGGGGAACUUUGACACAACCUUCCGAAUGGUAGACACAAGGACAUCAAAGGAUCAAGCUGUUUGGACAGACCCGUAUGAUGCAUCCGUGUACUGUCUGCAUUACGAUGGUUCCUACGGUGUGUUAUGUGGAAUGAAAUAUAAUUUUAGGGUAAAUUUGUACGAUAUUCGCAUGCCAAAACGGUGCAUCCAGAUGUAUUUUUCUUCGAAAAAACGUAGUCACUAUUCUCCAGUGUACAGUUUAGCGGCCGAUUCGAGCCAGUUAUUCCUUGUAACUGAUCAUGAUUUACGCGUGCUUGAUUUUGAUGUUAAUAUGUCGGAAAGAAAAGAUUAUACACAUGAUUUGGUCAAAUGGCUUUAUUAAAGAAAUAAAUUAGGAUAAAAACGGA